CCACCCCUUCCCAGACCCUAUUUAAGGAUUGGCAGAGGAGGCAAAGGUAUCUUGUUGGAGAUCUCCGUGUACCUGAGGCCUUUUGAAGAUACAUGAGCUCUAUGUAAAGACAAAAUGCUACACAGCCAAGAGAUUUGCCACGUGCCGUCAGACCCGAGGUACCUCCAGCCCAGGACCAGUGUAUGUCAGUGAUGCAGACAGUGAUUUUCAUGGAGUGGAUUUUCUGCCAGACGACCUCAGUGAGCUUCCAGACGAGACAGGAAUGAGGGUGAACAAGAAAUACUCCUGCCUACCUGCUGAGGAGAAGGGGAUCCACAUCAUCAACAUCCGAGCUAUUGAGGAUAUAGGAUACGAUCAGCAUGAAAGCACACUAUUGAAUUCCCUAUCCAAAAAUCCAGAUGCUGACUGCAAGUAUGGACUCUACUUCCGAGAUGGCAAGAGGAAAGUGGAUUACAUCCUGGUAUAUCACUACAAGAAGUCUUCAGCUGGGAGGACGCUGACCAGGAGAGCUCAGCACAAUGAUGCGAGUGCCAGGAGUGCCAAGCAGGACCCGCUGCCUGGGAAGGGUGUGCAGAUGGAGAUGGGUGAGAGCGAGCCCCAUGCAGACUGCCAUGAAGAUGACAAGAGGUUUCGCAGGGAGGAGUAUGAGGGGAACCUGGUGGAGGCUGGCCUGGAACUGGAACACGAUGAGGACACUAAGAUCCACGGGGUUGGAUUUGUGAAAAUCCACGCACCGUGGAAUGUUUUGUGUCGAGAAGCAGAGUUUCUCAAGCUCAAGAUGCCCACAAAAAAGAUGUAUCAAAUCAAUCAGACCCACGGUCUUCUGAAAAAGAUCAACUCGGUAAUUCAGAAGAUAACGGAGCCCAUCCAGCCCAAGGUGGCUGAGCACAAGCCGCAGACGGUGAAGCGCCUUUCCUACCCCUUCUCCAGGGAGAAGCAGCACUUAUUUGAUUUGUCUGACAGAGAUUCCUUCUUUGACAGCAAAACAAGAAGCACUAUAGUUUAUGAAAUUCUGAAAAGAACAACAUGUACCAAAGCAAAAUAUAGCAUGGGGAAAGGAGAGGGAAGAAAGAAGGAAACUGCCCUUUUAAAUAAAAGACGAAAAUGUGGUAAAUAUGGGAUCACCAGCCUGCUUGCCAAUGGAGUUUACAGUGCUGCAUAUCCUUUGCAUGAUGGUGACUAUGAAGGUGAAAAUGUCGAACCCAAUGACAGAAAGCUCCUGUGUGAGGAGUGGGCAAGCUAUGGAGUCUUCUAUAAGUACCAGCCCAUUGAUCUGGUGAGAAAAUACUUUGGAGAGAAGAUCGGACUAUAUUUUGCCUGGCUGGGAGUUUAUACACAAAUGCUUAUUCCAGCUUCCAUUGUAGGGAUUAUCGUUUUCCUAUAUGGCUGUGCAACUGUGGAUGAGAACAUACCAAGUAUGGAAAUGUGUGACCAGAGAAACAAUAUCACCAUGUGUCCCUUGUGUGAUAGAACAUGCAGUUACUGGAAGAUGAGCUCCGCUUGUGCGACUGCUCGUGCAAGUCAUCUGUUUGAUAACCCUGCAACUGUCUUCUUCUCGGUCUUCAUGGCUCUCUGGGCUGCUACCUUUAUGGAACACUGGAAGAGAAAGCAGAUGCGGCUCAACUACAGGUGGGACCUGACUGGGUUUGAAGAGGAGGAGGAGGCAGUCAAGGAUCAUCCCAGAGCAGAAUAUGAAGCAAAAGUUUUAGAAAAAUCACUGAGGAAAGAACACAAACAUAAAGAGACGGAUAAAGAGAAGCUGACAUGGAAGGAUCGUUUUCCAGCCUAUUUGACCAAUUUUGUUGGCAUUAUCUUCAUGGUGGGGCUGACAUUCGCUAUAGUGUUUGGAGUCAUAAUAUACAGAAUCUCCACUGCAGCAGCACUGGCAAUCAGCUCAACCCCAUCGGGCCGGUCCAGCGUCAGGGUCACUGUCACUGCCACUGCUGUCAUCAUCAAUUUGGUUGUCAUCAUCAUCCUGGAUGAAGUAUAUGGCUGCAUAGCAAGGUGGCUAACUCAGAUCGAGGUGCCAAAAACUGACAAGAAUUUUGAAGAGCGUCUGAUUUUUAAGGCUUUCCUUCUGAAAUUUGUCAAUGCCUACACACCCAUCUUCUAUGUUGCUUUCUUCAAAGGCCGGUUUGUUGGACGUCCAGGAGACUACGUCUACAUUUUCCAUUCUUUCCGAAUGGAAGAGUGUGCGCCGGGUGGCUGCCUGAUGGAGCUGUGCAUCCAGCUCAGCAUCAUCAUGUUGGGCAAGCAGCUGAUUCAAAACAAUUUAUUUGAGAUCGGCAUCCCGAAAAUGAAGAAAUUCAUAAGAUACAUGAAAUUAAAGCGUCGACGUUCCUUGGACCAUGAAGAGCACAUGAAAAAAAAGCAACGUUAUGAAGUAGACUAUAACCUGGAGCCUUUUUCCGGUCUUACCCCUGAAUAUAUGGAAAUGAUUAUUCAGUUUGGAUUUGUAACUUUGUUCGUUGCAUCCUUCCCACUGGCGCCUCUGUUCGCUUUGUUGAACAACAUCAUUGAAAUCCGUUUAGAUGCAAAAAAGUUUGUUACGGAGCUGAGGAGACCAGUAGCAGUCAGAGCAAAGGACAUAGGAAUCUGGUACAAUAUCCUCCGGGGGAUAGGAAAGCUUGCUGUCAUAAUAAAUGCAUUUGUGAUCUCAUUCACAUCCGACUUCAUUCCACGCCUCGUGUACCUGUAUAUGUACAGUGAGAAUGGCACCAUGCAUGGCUUCGUGAACCAUACACUAUCCUAUUUUAAUGUCAGCGAUUUUCAAGCAGGAACAGCUCCAAAUGACCCCAUGGAACUUGGCUACGAGGUUCAGAUAUGCAGGUACAAAGAUUAUCGAGAACCCCCCUGGUCUGAAAAUAAGUAUGACAUUUCAAAGGAUUUCUGGGCUGUCCUAGCAGCAAGAUUAGCAUUUGUGAUAGUUUUCCAGAAUUUGGUCAUGUUUAUGAGUGACUUUGUUGACUGGAUUAUCCCAGACAUUCCCAAGGACAUUAGUCAGCAGAUUCAUAAAGAGAAGGUUCUCAUGGUGGAGGUCUUCAUGAGAGAAGAGCAAGGGAAGCUGCAAAUGCUGGAAACCUGGAAAGACAAGGACAAGAAAAAAGGUGAAAACUGUAACAAUCACAGCCCCAGACUCUCCCUGAGCCACAGUGGGAGCUUGUCCUCCUGUCACUCGUAUCCUGUUGACGUAUAGAAGAGGAUGGAGUUGAGUAUGUCGGGGCAUUCCACUGGUACAUAAGCCAUCACGUAAAGGGCAGGACUUGAAUAAUGGACAGCCUGCUGCAUGUUGAAGGAUGUGCUGCCAUUUUGCUCCCAUCUUUGUGAGAAACGCUCUUCUUGCAAAUAUGGAGGACCACAUUCUAUUUCUGAUAAUGUGUUUUAUUUUUUUCUUUUGCACAAGCAGUAAUGCAGGGAAUUUUUAUAUUUCAUCAUUAGAUAACACUAUUUACAUUGGUGUGCAUUAAUAAAGACGUACUUAGUACGUCUUGAUAGAGAUAUUCUCUGAGAAUUUGACCUUAGGCUAUUAAUUAAAUCAUUAAACCUAAAUUUUAAGUAAUGAUAAUACUACUAAUUUAAAAUAUUUUUGGAGCCCCAGGCUUGCAGCUCUGUCAGGAAACUUUAUAAAGUAUAUGCAAAAUCAGCUUUAGAGUGUGCCCUGGUAUUCCUUUUGGCAGGAGAGGAACCAUAUAAAGUUUACCAGACUUAGUUGCUUUCAAAGAUACGGUUUAGCUCUGCUGGCAGACAUCUGUGUUUGAACCUGCAGGUCUGAAACAAAGCUCCCAUUGAGUUCUAGGGUCAAAUACAUGCCUGGGGCACAUGUGGCUGUCUGCUGCAUGCCUGAGACCUCCACUGGGAACUGCUCACUUUACAAACAUCAGGAAAGUGGAUCUGGAAGAGACCUCCUUACCAAUGCGCAGCUGAUGUGGUGGAAGCUACCUCGGUGCCCCAGGCUGCAUCACCCGUGUUGGAGCGGUCCCCAGAGGCUCCUCACCCAUAGCAAGGCAGCAGUAGCAGCACAGUUUUGGAGAUCUUCCCAGCAGGUCAAUUACUAUGGAGCAUUUUGGUAAAUGUCCUGAACUAACGAGCACAUGUAGAGCUACAGUGAGUCAACUGCCCUGCCUAGUACGCAGACACCAUUCAUGCUGAGGGGAGUCCCCUUUUUCCCUUUGUUUUAGCCCAUCCCUUUCUUAGCCAGGUUUUUCUCUGUAGCCCUCUGUCCUCUGCAGGAGAAGGGAGCCAGUUGCCCUUGCAGACUUUAUACUGCUGAAUGGCAUUUCCCAGAGGCUAUGCUGGAAGAGUAAAUCCAAAACAUGUACCACUCAGUGUCUUCAAGGGAAGUUUAACCUGCACUGGGGCUACAGGACCAGACCUUCAGUUAGUUACAGAACUUAUCUUUUGUCUUAAAAUACCCUAUGUUUUAUACAUGGAGCUUCCUUAAAUAGAAGUCUAAAAUCCUUCCUUAUGAAGCCUAUCUAAAUCCCAUCGGUUCAACUCUUUUUAAGUAUAGUACAUUUUAGUUUUGCUUUGUCAAAUGAUGAACUGCACUUCCAAAUAAUAUUGGUGCAAUUAACCUCAUUUCUUUUAUCGCUUUGUCUUGUCCAUGGCAUUUGCAUUAUGAAUAUAAAACUGAAGAAUAAAAUAAAAAGUAAAGAUUUCUUUAAAGUCUAACUACUGUAUGGUUUGUUACAAAACCAAACGUCAAGACUGUUUCCAGUAGUUGUUUCUUUAUUCUUUUCCUUUUUUCUUUGCCAAACUAAUUUAAAGAUUAAUGCCAGAACUAAAAAAAAAAAAAGCCAUAUCUAGCUUUUGAUAUAUUUAUUUGUUUUAAAGUAUCUGAUAAACUUGAUAUUUUUCUGUAGUCUGUCCAAAGAAGGCACCAGAAAAGAUAUUAUGUGGAAGAAAGAAAAUGGUAUUAACCAAAUAUUCUUGAAGCUUAUUUAAAAUAUUGAUCCAGCCAAAGAUUUUUAUUAAUAAAGGGCUUAUAUUUUGUUAACUCAUGUUUCUGUUGUAUUUUGACUUGCAGGAAUGUCACUAUUUUUUAAAUUUGUAAUUUAUGAUAGCUUACUCCUAUAGGGCCACAUCCUGCCUGAUUUAUUCACACUAUAAGCAUUAAGCCUGGCAGUAAGUAUUUACAGGGUCAGGCCUGUGGACUGCAAUAGAACUAUAAGUGCAAAUAAAUUAAGCAGAAUUUUCUCUGUAAACCCUAUAGAAGUGUUCUUUCUCUCAUUCCAUGGUAGCCCAAAAGAUCUAGAAGAAAGCUAAACAUGAACUACCUAUUCUGAAGAGACAUCUGACGGAACUUCCUGUAGGGGAAUUUCAUCUGUAAAUACUGAUCUGAAGGUGUUCCCAGCUUAAUACUGACAUUCCUGUAAAUGGUAGAACUAUAUCCUGAACACAUACUUACCAAAAAUUUGCAUUAUUUGCUGAAAUCAUGAAAUAGUAACAGUGGCUUAUAUUUUCUUUUGUACAGUAAAUUGUUUGAAAUGGAAUUUUGUAUAUAAAAACUGUAUUACUACUUAGAUAACUAUAAAACUUUCAUGGAAUCCUUUUUUAAGAAAAGUAAAUAUAUACUAAAUCUG